AUCACGUGAAAUGGGUAAAACUAAACAAUACUGUUUUUUAUAGAAAUACUUUUCAAUCACCUCGGCAAGUUAUCUAUUUAUUUAGAUACGUUUUAGAAUUUUAUUUGAAUAUAAGUUUUGAAAAUUUUAAAUUUUGUGUUAAACUUCAUUGUCGUUCACCGAACCGACAGGUGUUCAACUGUGAAACAUACGUUAUCCUCCAGAAUUUUGUCGUUCCCGAGUUUUCGGUACGAGUGUAUCGUUACCAUCCAGGCGGUCUAAUCUGCCAUCAGUUGUUUCGCGCCCAUUUGCCUUGUUCCCGUUGGCCGUUCCUGAACACGACCGUUGAUAAUAACAAACAUUUAAAACGACACGGCUUUGUAGUUCAUAUUUCACAAUAAGUACAUAAAUUACAUAAAAAUAUAAAAUAUAACUGUUCUCUCCGUCUUUGGUUUCUCGUUCGCGUUUCUCAAUCGUGCAUAUCUCUCUCCGAAAAUAUUUUCAAUUUGAGGAGAUCAAACUCAAAUUUCGAUCUAAUCAAUCACUGGUAGUAUAAUAUUGGUUUUGUACAAAAUGGCUAUGGCAUCAACUUCACAUGUUGAAGAAGCUGUUGUUGAAGAUCAUGAAGAAGAUGAUGGACCAUUACUUAUUUCAAAACUUGAAGGCCAAGGAAUUACUAGUGGAGAUAUUAAAAAGCUUCAAGAAGCUGGAUAUCACACAAUAGAAUCUAUUGCUUUUGCGACAAAAAAACAUCUCAUUACCAUUAAAGGCAUAAGUGAAGCAAAAGCUGAUAAAAUAUUGGCUGAAGCAUCAAAAAUGGUCCCUCUUGGUUUUACUUCUGCUACAAUAUUUCAUCUAAAGAGAUCUGAAAUUAUUCAAUUAACUACCGGUUCAAAAGAAUUAGACCGUUUAUUAGGGGGAGGCAUUGAAACUGGUUCAAUCACAGAAAUAUUUGGGGAGUUUAGAACUGGUAAAACACAACUGUGCCAUACUUUGGCUGUAACUUGUCAGCUUCCUAUUGGUCAAAAUGGAGGAGAAGGAAAAUGCCUCUAUAUUGACACUGAAGGUACAUUCCGGCCUGAACGAUUGCUUUCAGUAGCUGAAAGAUAUCAGUUGGUAGGAAGUGAUGUACUUGAUAAUAUUGCUUGUGCCAGAGCAUAUAACACAGAUCACCAAACACAACUAUUAUUGCAAGCUGGCGCUAUGAUGGCUGAAUCUAGUUAUGAUUACAGCCCGAGUGGUUCUAUCUUGCCUAAAAUGGUUUUUGCCAUGUUGUACGUUUGUAAGAUGGAGCUAACACAUUUUGGGGUUGCCGUAGUAAUAACCAAUCAAGUAGUUGCUCAAGUGGAUGGUGCUUCUAUGUUUGCAGCAGAUCCAAAAAAACCAGUUGGUGGUAAUAUAAUGGCUCACGCAUCUACUACUAGAUUGUACUUGCGUAAAGGUAGAGGCGAAACAAGAAUUUGCAAGAUAUAUGAUUCUCCUUGUUUACCAGAGUCUGAAGCUAUGUUUGCUAUUAAUGCUGAUGGAAUUGGAGACGCAAAAGAGUAAAUAAAAUAUAAACUAACAUAAUUUUUUUUUUUUAUCUAAUUUGUUCUUAAAAAUACCAAUUUAAAAAUA